UCGCAAGGCAGUUGGAAUGUUUCAAAUAUAAUUAUUCAUGAUCAAACAAUCUUCAUAAAAUAGAUCAAUAGAAAUUUGUACCAAAGCCAAUUUUGGAAAAUUCAAUGCUUUGUCAUCGACAUUACAGAUAGUAACACUAUCGAUAGAGUAAUUAACAUUUUUCAAUGUUGAAUGAUAUUAAGGAAAGGAACGAAGAGAAGAUAAGAAUUGUGAUAUAUUAUUUAAGAAGGUAUAAAUUAUAGAAGAAAAUAUGACAUUUUAAACGUUUGGACUAUACUCGAAAUACAGGGAAGUGAAUACAUUUAAAAAAUCUUUUUGUGUCGGAUAAAUGAAUUUGUGAACAUUGUUGAAUAAAGUUCGGUUUAAAUUUUGGGCGUAGUGUUUAUUUUCGAACAAGAGAAUUCGAAGUGUGACAGUGUUGGCUAAGGAUUCAUCUCUCAGCUGGUGAUAGAUCAUUGCAGUGAAAGUAAUGAGUGCUCAGUUCUAUCAGUUAAAUCUGACCACAUAUUCUUCGAUUCCCGUAGAAAUCUGAAACAGACUAGUUUAUUUCUCCCAUUCAAAUAACGACUACUGAAUAACAAACAUGUAUAGACACAAGAUCUACAUGUUCAUAAGUGUAUUGCUUGUUAUUCCACUGACUAUUAAUUGCUUGAACUAUUCGGAGAGAAGGAUAAUAGAGUUUGAAAAAGGAGAGUUCGAAGACAUGAGCUAUAGAAAUAGAUUACAGAAUAUGGGAUACGAGUUUUUGUUCAAGAUAGUUGACGAUUUCUAUGUGUUUGCCACAAACAAGUCUUGGAGCACAGAAGAACAUGAACACGUUAAGCAUAUUAUGGACGGUAAGGUGAAAACUAUUUACCAGGAUUCAAACAUAUUUUCUGCUGCUGGAAUCGAUGUUGAUGCUACUGCUGGUGACGAAGAUGACAGCCCAGAUGCACCUCGCUCUCCUUUUUGCCAGUUUCCUCCCUACUUUGAUGAGGCUCAAGAGAUAGAUCGGUCAUGGGCACAAGGCUAUACCGGACGAAAUGUCGUAAUUGCUGUAACAGACGUUGGUGUGGACAUAGAUAGUCCUAAUCUCCGUGAAAAUAUUGCAUCCCAUUUGUCCUAUAACUUCGUGGAUAAUAACUCGGACCCGAGACCUGAAAUAUUUCCCGAUUAUCCGGAAAGUUUACCGCUGACAAACCAUGGAAAUGCCUGUGCAGGCCUAAUUGCUGGCAUAAAAGAAAACAACACUUGCAGUUUAUGCGGCGCCGGGGUGGCAUUUAAUUCAAAAGUGGCAGCUUUGAAAAUAGGCCGAGUCAAGAAGUUUCAUUGGCAAUAUAACCCCGAGAUAACAGGAGGACUUUAUUCUGCAGCACUCGCUUUCAAAAACCAAGAAAUUCACAUAUACUCAAACAGUUGGACCUUCGAUGAACCUUUUAAAACUUUGAAUCCAUAUACCGAACGUGCUUUUGCAGAUGGUUUGAAAAAGGGUCGGCAAGGGCUUGGCUGUAUCUUCGUGUUUCCAUCUGGACCUCAUGGAAACGGAUUUACAAACAAUAUUUACACUAUUGGAGUCGCUAGUUUUGGAAUCAAUGGAACUGUGCCUCGGAAGAGCUUUGUUAAUUCGGCUACUCUUGUGUCAGCAUUUGGACAGGGAAGAAGAAGAAAUGACAAUGGAAUGCUGACAGUGACUCACCCAUAUCGUGGAACGGCAUCAAGAAUGUGUGACAACAAAUUUGGAGGAUCCUCUGCAGCAACUGCACUUGUGUCUGGAAUGAUUGCAUUAGCCGUUGAAGCGAAUCCUUCACUCACUUGGCGUGAUAUAAAGCAUUUGCUUGUGGAGUCAGCUGGGUACGUAGGACUUGCGGAGACAUCAAACUUUACAAAGAAUUGUGCUGGGAAUCAUUUUCAUCAUGUGUUUGGAUUCGGCUAUGUACAAGUGCUGAAAAUGGUUCGUCUUGCAAAACACUGGAAAUUCAAUCUGCAACUUUUGAAGCUGACAUUUGUUUGGUUUGGUGAUCUACAGAACAAAGCUGACGCAUGGUUUGAAUUAGUUUCCUCGUCCAAUCUCACUUGCCAACGACAACCAUAUUGCAUCGACAAAAUAGAAACACUUAUUGUCAAAUUAAGCUUUAUAUAUCCAAAGCACACUCAGACCGUUCUGUCAGUUAUUUCACCUUGUGGCACCGAAUCCAUCCUCAUGGAACACGCAGGUGAGCCACCUAAAGAUGAAAACGAUGAAGGCAAAAAUGAAGGCGUUGCCGUUGAUGCAACAUUUCUUUCCAAUCAUUUUUGGGGAGAAAAAAUGGAAGGAAACUGGACAGUGAAAAUCAUCGGGCUUGGAUGUUAUUCUCAUGAGUUAUGUUUCAUACAUAAAUCAGAAUUGCAGUUUUAUGGGACAAACGAGCGUCUUGUGGCUAAAGAGCAUUCGACAAAACGUCCAGAUAAAACCACACACGACAAACGUCCAUCCAAAAAACAUAAGAGCAAUGAAGUCGCAAUUGUUACCAUCGUCGUCGCUGUCGCUGUUGUAAUAUGUGGUGUCGUCAGUGUGAUCAUUUGUGCCUGUUGCCUUCGUUAUAGAAACCGUCAAAGGCAAACAGCAAGUGGCGUAGUAUAUAACCGUUUAGCUAGAGCCUAGUUACAGUAAACUCUUGUUUCCCAUCAUUUAAUGGAAUAUAUAACCAACAUUGAACGCAUCAUUAGAUUGUAUUUGAAGUUGGUAGCCUAAGACAUUAUGAAUGCAAUUUGAAUAAAUCGGGAGAAAAUCCUUGGAUUAAAAACACUUUUCAUAUCUCCUUUUUGGCAUUUUAUCUCAAUGAUGAUUUUAUUUGAAAUAAAUAAGUCCAAAGGCCCAAAAUCUUGUGAUGGGGCUUAUAUUGUUUUAAAAUGUUAUGUUUUAUAAUGAAAUGGUUUGAUUAUGUGUCAAAUCAACGAAACCAUACAAAUGAUAUGUAUACAUGCAUUUUAUGAAUAAAUAAUCUUC